AGAAGCGCGUCCUCUUCUCUGUCUUUCCUGUCCAGUGUCCCAUUCGAAUAGGCACCACCACGUGCAUGCAGUAGUAAUUUGUCUGCUUCUUUUCAACGUCCAUUUCAUUGAAACACGCCGCUCGCACGAUGGUGAAGUUAGCCAAGGCAGCAAGUAAACAAGCAAACCAGAAGAAAAAAGCCCCUCCGCCUCCCAAGGAAGUGGAUGAAGAAUCAAGUGAAGAGGACAGCGAAGAGGAGGAUACUCCCCCACCAAAAGUGGUAAAGAAAGCUACACCAGCCAAAGGCGCCAAGGUUAAUGCCAAAAACGGCAAAGCUGCCAAGAAAGCAGAAAGUGAAGAUGAGGAAGAUGAUUCUGAGUCUGAAGAGGAGGCCCCACCCCCUAAAAAAACCCCUGCAAAAGCAGCUGCAAAACCCGCACCCGCUGCGGCUGAGGAAUCAGAUGAUGAUGAUGACGAUGAUGAAGAGUCUGAGGAUGAGCCCCCACCACCCAAGAAAGCAGCUAAGUCUGCUGCAAAGGCCCCUGCCAAGCAAGUGAAGGCCAAACCUGCAAAGGAGCCCUCUGAUGAUGAGGAGGAGGAUGACGACGAUGAUGAUGAUGAAUCUGAGGAAGAGGCCCCUCCUCCCAAAAAGGCUGCAAAUCAAGUUGCUAAGUCAAAGGCUAAGAAAGCUAAACAGGAGGAGGAGGAGGAGGAUGAUGACGACGACGACGAAGAAGAUGAGUCAGAAGAGGAAAUGGACACAACACCAGCUCCAGCAGUUGCCAAGGCAAAGAAGGCGGGCAUGGUAAAAGCCAAGGAGGAGUCAGAGGAGGAGGACGACGACGACGAAGAUGAUGAUGAUGAUGAUGAUGAGGAGGAAGAGGAGGAUGAUGACGAAGAUGAUGAGGAAGCCCCGGUGACUCCUGCGAAGAGGAAGGCAGAUGGCAAGAAGGACACACCUCCUGCCAAAAAGGCCAAGUCAGAAGAAGGUUUCUGUCUUUUUAUUGGCAACCUGAACUCAAGCAAAGACUUUGAUGAAAUCAAAAAUGCGGCGAGGAAAUUCUUCACCAAGAAUGACAUUGAGGUUGCUGAUAUCCGGUUAGGUGCAAGCAAGAAAUUCGGCUAUGUCGAGUUUUCAUGCGAGGAGGAUAUGCAGAAGGCACUGGAACUCAACGGCAAAAAGCUUAUGGGUCAAGAAAUUAAGCUGGAUAAGGCUAGAAGCAAGGAGAACUCCCAGGAUUGCAAGAAAGAAAGGGACUCGCGGACCAUUUUUGUUAAAAACCUUCCCUUUAGUGCCACGGUUGAUGACUUAAAGGAGGUUUUCGAAGAUGCAGUUGAUGUCAGGUUGCCAGUUGGCCAGAAUGGGUCCAAUAGAGGAAUCGCCUACAUCGAGUUCAAAACUGAGGCUGAAGCAGAGAAGAUGCUGGAAGAGGCACAGGGUUCCGAUAUUCAGGGGAGGUCCAUUAUGCUGGACUUUGUCGGAGAAAAAAGCCAAAAAGGCGCAAAGGUCACGGCUGCAGCCAGCAAGACAUUAGUGGUGAAUAAUCUAUCCUUCAGCGCCACAGAAGAGGCCUUGCAGUCCACGUUUGAGAAAGCCGUUUCCAUUAGAAUCCCACAGAGAGAUGGUCGACCCAAAGGUUUUGCAUUUUUAGAGUUUGACAGCGCAGAAGAUGCAAAGGAAGCCUUGGACACACUGAACAACACAGAGAUUGAAGGCCGCUCAAUCCGACUUGAGUUCAGCCAGAACAGCGGUGGCAGGCCAGAAGGAGGCAGGGGAAAUUCUGGUCCGACAAAGACUUUGUUUGUCAAGGGUCUCUCAGAAGAAACCACGGAUCAAACCCUCAAAGAUGCGUUUGAUGGCUCAGUGGGUGCUAGGAUCGUCACAGACAGAGAUACAGGGUCUUCUAAAGGCUUUGGCUUUGUGGACUUUGACAACGAGGAUGACUGCAAGGCAGCCAAGGAAGCCAUGGAGGACGGUGAAAUCGAUGGUAGCAAGGUGACCCUGGACUACGCCAAGCCCAAGGGUGAAGGUGGUUUCCGUGGAGGCCGCGGCGGAGGCGGUUUUGGCGGCUUUGGUGGCCGUGGCGGCGGCGGCUUUGGUGGCCGUGGCGGUGGACGAGGUGGUGGAGGAUUUGGAGCCAAGCCCCAAGGGAAGAAAAUUACAUUUGAUGACUAAAUAGUCUUUUUUUGUUUUUGUUUUUUUACUUUUUGAAUGGACUCUGGUUUCAUCAGUUUUCAGAGCUUUUGGACAUUCCAGAAAGCGUCAUUGAUAAAUAUUUAACUGUAAACGGGCAUUUUAGCCCUUGUAUUUAGAAUCCUCCAACUUUACCCGCCCUCUGUGCCAAAGUGGUACAUUUGACUUUUCGACUCACAUGAGUACUGAAUGUCCGGAAUAAACGCCUGCACCCCUCCACCUCUUCAGUUUGUAAUUCUAAAAGAGAAAGACGGAAUGGGUCUGGAUCUGUCAAAAUAAGUUUGCUGUGAAAACUGAGGCUAGAUUCCCCCCACUGCCCCUUCCGAUACAUGUAUAAAUUAAACCGUUUGUAUAAUUUCUAUUUUACCGUUUUGUAAAGAACUACACGUGUAUCCACAUUUUCGUUUUGUCAUUUAGUUUGCUUUAGUCUUACUGUAAUGUGUAAAACAUUUUGUUAGGAUUUCAGUCCUCCAGAGUUUGGUGUAAUGGCGAUGAUAUUGUCGGGAUGUGCUCUGUUCAAGAUGGAAAAUGACUGCACCUCUCAAUUGUGUAACAUAUUUGUAGUGUGUUGACUGUUUCCCAUCAGAGAAUCUAAUCUUCUCGAUGAAUAAACCUUGAAGGUGGUGAUUUUUAAA